GGGACGGACCGGUGAGCCACAUUCCUCUGCAAAACUUGAAGGCUUUUUCACACGAGAGAGAACGCAGCAGCAAGGGGAAAAGCGGGUUGCCCUUGACUUGAUUCUGCGUGGCAGGACUGAGGGAGAGCUGGAACGUUCCUGGCUUCUCUGUCUGACUCAGACUGACAACUGGAAAACAUUGUUGCUUUGGAACAUUUUUUUUUCUCUGCAUGCCGCAAGCUUUUCCUUAAGAAGCCCUUCUUCCUGUUUUCCCUUGGAGAAUAUUUUGUAGUACUUCACUCUCUGCUCCCAUUUGUGAAACUUGAAGGGUUUUACUGUGCUACAUUUUUUAAUACUUGUACAAAAAAGUUUUUGAAGGAUUUUUUUUUAUAAGAAAAGGCUUUUAGAAGACAUUGUUUUUAUUAACAGCAGCACAAAACACCUUGCGAAAAGGAUUACAGGAAGCUAUGGUUUGUUGCAGAAGCUCUUCUGGGCCAAGCAGGCUUUUGAGGAUCCAAAUUGACAAAAGGACUUUUGUUUGCUGAAAACGAAAUUGGAUCGGAGCAGGUUGGAGACCUGAAGGUGUAGUGAUGAGCCCUUUGUCAAGUGUCCUGAAUAUGGACUCUGAGCAGGAUACAUUUUUCUUUCUGGGCUCUAAAUUUGAAAGAGGAAUGCACAAAGGAGACAUAUAAAAGUAUUAUUAAUGAACAGUAAUUUAUAAAAAUCUGAUUACUUGGUAAGAUGAUUCAGUUUGAUGAAUUGGGACCUUAAACAGAUAGAUUGCGAUGAAUAACAUAAACGGCAACCCGGAUACUGGUGAUAAGUAUCCCCCGAACUCAUUCUUCAAUAAAAUCUCGACUAUGUUCACUCGGAUUGGGGCAGAGAGAUCAGAAGUUAAAGAGCCAGACAGGGAGGAGGCGGUGCUGACUUCGUUCCGGACAUUUGCCGAUAGCCAUGACCCCAACUCUGCAGGAAUUCUUGGGGCAGAAGGUCUGUUAGGUGUGACUACAACAUACCACAAUGGUAACGAAAGUGCUUCUGUGAUAGAGGAGAACAAGGACUCGCAUCAAAUUAGAAGAGGGUCAACCGAUACAGAUCUGGUCCAGGUAACCAUGGUGGAAACCUACAGUGAUACAGAGACCGAAGAGGAAGAAGCAGAGGAAUCUGACCUUUGGUUUAGAAGCCAUGUACUCUCCAAGGAGCCACAUGAUGUUGAGCAGUUAGACGGGCGGGUACCCAUCUUCAGACUGCACAGUGUUCCGGAGACACCCAUCACAGACAUCAAUCCAGCUGCAAACCAACAAGUUUCUAUGGCAUCAUUCCCCAGCACACUUGAAAAGGCUGACAAGGGGGACGCAACUUUACAUGGUGUUUCUAGCUCCUUUCAUUCCCUUGCUAGAAACAGCCUUUCAGACACACCAAUGCCCUUAUUCAAGGUCUCUCUGGAUAGUUCUGAUGGGUUACAUUCAAUGGACAGUCCCCCAAGUAUGCAGCAGGAUGACCAUCCUGAGCCUGGACCACCCAUCCCAGCUGAGACAGCUGAUAUUGGGGAACUUCCAGAACAGCCCAGACUCUUUCCCAUUGGAGAUGUUGCACCAGUCUCCCCCAGUACCAUGAGGCAGCCUGAUGUUGACCCUGGGGAGAAUCCUUUAGUUAUGGACUCAAUUGAGGCACCUGACCAGGACGAUACCCCUUCUGAAAGCCAGGCCUCCACCAUACCCUCUCUACUCAGGAGUCAAAGUGGUGUGUCUGAUAGCAAGAGGAAACCAGAGGUUUCACCCCAUGAAUCCCUCUCUGGGGGCAUGCAGCUUCCUUCCAGUACCCCUGGGGAGAAGCCCUUCCAGCUCCCUGCCCUCUUCAGUGGGUUACGGGUACUGAAGAAGGGAGCAGUGGGGGAGGAGAGGGAGACCGUGGCCGAAAUCAGACAAAGAGACACCGACUUGGCACUACUCCAGCUAAAGAAGCCGGUCAACAAAGGCCGGUUGUUCACUGAGCCACUGCCGAGCAAGAAGCCCAGACCUGUGCUUGAACUCAAGAGCAACUUUUUGGAGCAGCUGACCCAGCGCCUGACCCUGAACAGCGGCAAAACUGAGGCAAAGGAGCCUGCGACUGAGCCAUUGGCUGACCAAGUGCCCCACCUGAGAGAAGAGGGGACAGAGGGGAAUUUGCACCCAACCACCUCAGUGGAGGAUGCUGACAAAGUCCUGGAAACACCGUUUGAUACCUUUAAAGCAUUUUUUACCCCAAAACCACCUAAAAAGGAUUCUGGAGAGGCUGUGGACCUGGAAGCUGUGAAGAGGAAAAUCAAAAAUGAGAAGGAGGUUCUGAAAGCAAUAUUUGAGAGAUCUUUGUCCAAACCAGAUAAUAAAGACUUAACAGAUGGAAAAUCUGAGGCUACCUCACCAGCCGAUAGUGAGGACCGCACACCGGGGAGGCUACAGGCUAUCUGGCCCCCCCCCAAGCCCAAGGAUGAGCUGGAGAAAGUGGGCCUCAGGUAUACAGAAGCAGAGCACCAGGCUGCCCUUCUUCAGCUGAAGAGAGAAUGCAAAGAGGAGAUGGAGAAACUGCACGCCGAUUUCCAGCUCAAGAUCUUCGAGUUGCGAGGGGAGCAUGCCGCCUCCUUGUCCAAGCUGGAGGCAGCUAUUGCCAAAAUGCAGCAAGAAAGGGGCUGUGAGCCAGGCCAGGAGCGCAGUUUGACACGUGAGGCCUGUGUCUCCACAGAGGAUGACCUGCCUAAGAAUUACCGGAAUGUGUGCGUCCAGACAGACCGUGAGACUUUCAUCAAAACACCCAAGGGUGACAGUGGCCAGGUCACCCAGGCCACAGGCCAGAACAUGCCGAAAAAGCUUAACCUCGAGUCCAUCAACCAGAGCCUUGUGGGUAGGGCAGAGUCAGAUUCUGGGAAUAUCCCACCCCCUCCACCUCCACCCCUGCCUGGCCAAUCAGGACCACCUCCCCCACCACCCCCCCCACCACCUCCUCCCCCAUUACAUGGUUCUCUACAGCCACCCCCACCACCAGGGCCAGGGCCCCCACCUCCCCCUCCUCUUCCUGGGGCAGCACCCCCUCCACCACCUCCACUGCCUGGAGCUGGGCCCCCUCCCCCACCUCCUUUGCCUGGAGCUGGGCCCCCUCCCCCACCUCCUUUGCCUGGGGCUGGGCCUCCUCCUCCACCUAUGUCUGGAGGAGGUCUCCCACCACCGCCCCCUGGUGGACUGUUUGCCUUCAACCAUGCAGCGGAGAAAGCCCCGCGUAAGCCAGCUGUGGAGCCCACCUGUCCCAUGAAGCCCUUGUACUGGACCCGGAUCCGGAUCCAAGACAACAACAACAAUACCCUCUGGGGUUCUCUGCAAGAGCCAGACAUCAUCAACACAAAGGAGUUUGAGGACUUGUUCUCCAAAGCCACCCUGCAGGCAAAGAGGAAACCCUUAUCCGACACUUAUGAGGAAAAAACCAAAGCUAAGAAGAUUGUCAAGCUGUUGGAUGGAAAGCGCUCCCAGGCUGUGGGAAUCCUUAUUUCAAGUCUUCACCUGGAAAUGAAGGACAUACAGCAAGCUGUUCUGACUGUGGACCACACUGUGGUGGACUUGGAGACCAUUGAGGCCUUGUAUGAAAAUCGAGCACAGAGCGAUGAGCUGGAGAAGAUCAAGAAGCACCAUGAGACCUCUGGUGAGGAGGCAGCCAAGCUACUCGACAAACCUGAACAGUUCCUGUAUGAGCUGUCCCUGAUUCCCGACUUCUCUGGCCGAGCCCACUGCAUCAUAUUCCAGUCUGUCUUCUUUGAUGGCAUAUCUGCUGUCCAUCGCAAAGUGGAGAUAGUCUCCCAUGUGUGCAAGGGCCUACUGGAGCAAGACAGCGUGAAAGAGAUUAUGGGCUUGGUGCUGGCCUUUGGGAACUACAUGAACGGGGGCAACCACACCAGAGGCCAGGCGGAUGGGUUUGGUCUCGAGAUCCUGCCCAAACUGAAGGACGUCAAAAGCCGGGACAACCGUAUCAAUUUGGUGGAUUACGUGGUCUCCUACUAUCUACGCAACUUCGAUGAGCAUGUCGGGACAGAGAAGAGCAUUUUCCCACUGCCCGAGCCCCAGGACCUCUUUCUCGCUGCCCAAGUCAAGCUUGAUGACCUCACAAAAGACAUCAGGAAGCUGAAGAGGGAUCUGUCUGCCUGCGAAAAGGACAUUCAGAGGGUGUGCACGAACUCCAAAGCAGAACACCUCCAGCCAUUCAAAGACAAGAUGGAGUCUUUUGUCUUGAAAGCGCAAGAAGAAUAUGGCGCAGAAGACAAGCGUGUCCAACUUGCCGAGAAAAGCUUCCAGGACAUGGUGGCCUACUUCGGCUUGAAACCCAAGUCUGGGGAGAAGGAGGUGGCACCCAAUUACAUCUUUAUGCUUUGGUACGAGUUCUGCAAUGACUUCAAGAACACGUGGAAGAGGGAGAGCAAGAACAUCUCCAAGGAAAGGAUUAAAGAGGCUCAGGACACGGUGGACAGGAUGACAGCAGAAAAGAGGGUAGAGACCAAGAAGCUCAACCCCAAAAGCCUGAAAGAGAGACUUCGCCAGAAGGAAGCCAACGUGUCCUCCAGCUGAGGGAUUGAAAGAUGUGGUGUCAUUUGCAAAAGCAAAUGAGGGUGUCAUUUGCGAAAGCCCUGUCUGCCAGCCACCAACCACUCUACCUAGGCAUCCGACCUACCCACAUUGCUGCAAUUUCCUCCAUCACCCGCUCCCCCUUGAUGCUAAAACAAGGUGGCACAGAGGAGCACCUGUGCCCACUACCCUGCUGAGGUUGGUUAUGGGUUGGAUGCUGCUUUCUCCACAGUCUUUGUCAACAGGAAGUUGACUGACUGCUACUAUUUGUGGACUUCUAAAAGUGUGGUAUGCUAACGCUGAAAUUUAUAUAGUAUUGCACCUCUGAGCUUGACAGUGAAUUCUCAGUGAGACUCAUUGCCUUGUAGUGCUUUCACCACUGCCUGGGGAACAUUCAGCAUGUCUGCAGUGGAGACUGCUGAGGUGCCGAAACCUGCAAUCCAUGGGCAGGCAUCUUCAGAGACUGGCAUCCUGGCAGAACUCCAUUGCAUCUGGAGUUGCAAAUGUGUAGCAUACAAAGGUGAACACAAUGUCAACACAGUGAUCUCCAAACAGGAUUUACACAACUCAUCGAAGGAAGACGCCAGAAACACUUAAACAGUGCGAAUCUUUCCGUUGCAGUAAACACUGGAGUCGACAGAGUUGAAUUUGCAGUAUAUGAAUAAUUCUCCUCUGUAAAUGGGAAGAUGUUAUGUUUUUGUGAAAGUAUAGGAAAGGUGUAAGCUGAUCAGUGUAUGCCUGCAUGUUUUCCAAACUUCUCCACAGUGACCCCUUUUGGACCAGUGUAAGAAAGUCCAGGGAUUACAGCUGGGGCUCAGAUACUCAGGUGACUAGAGCAUUCAGUAGGUUAGUGAGCUUUACUAAACAAGGUUGUUACAAAAAUGCUUGACUGUUUGCCGUGGGAUCCUCAAUCCCAAAUCGAUAGUUUAUUGCUCUACUGAAAUGAUCUUUAAAAUGUAGGAAUAUAGCUGUGAUAUGGAAAGUAAACCAUGAAGUUAAGAUAUUAAGCACUGCAAUAGCUUUAUGUACUGUGCCAUAAUCUUCCAGUUAUCCUUGUGGUGCUGGUUAAGGCAUAUUGCACUUUUAAACUCUGUUUCAAUUCCUAUGCAACCAUUUUUAUUUUCCUCGCAGUACCUGAAAACAUGCAUUACAGUGUGUUGUUGCAUUGUUUUAAAAAACCAUGUUCCCUAUUUUAUUCGUGGAAAUAACAAAAAUAUAAAAAUAUAUUCAAUGAAGAUAUAUACACACACACACACACACACACACACACAUAUAUAUAUAUAUAUAUAUAUAUAUAUAUAUAUAUAUAUAUGCACCUUGAUGAAAGUUCUCUGACCUUUAAUUAUGUGUUUUAUUUUGUUUUAGCCCCAAUGACUGACAAAUGCCCUGUUGGGGUUAGUUUUCUGUAUGGCUUAAAUUGGGAACCAGGUCGGAAAUUUUUUAUUCUAAUUCAUUAAGCAUCGAUUUACCUCUAAAUAAAUGACCUCAAAGAUCUAGGCCUGAUAUAUACCCUAGAGUAUGUAUGCUUUUGAAGUAUAACGUUUAAUUAACUAGUGUUUUGUUUUGAAGCUUUAUAUUUUUCAUAUUGCAGAAGUGUUGCACAUCUUUAACACACUAUGGUCUUGUAUUAGCUUUGACGGGUGGCCCUCACGGGUACAAUCAAAAUGACGUAACCUUUACAGUGGGUAAAAUUUAGUAUGUCCAUAUAAGUGUAUGAGCAAAAGUUUUAGGAUUCUAAAACUUUAAUUUGCAUUUGUUUCACCUGUGUUCUUUUCUUCAUUUGUGAAAUUUAUAAUGGACAUUUCUUUGAUGUGUAAAUUAGCGACAGGUGCCCCAGCACACUGACAUGAAAUAUCUAAGGGAUGGAUGUGUUCUUGACAGACUAUAGAUAAAUUAUCUGAAAGACUUAUUUUUUCGUUUUUAAUUGAAUUGAACAUGGGCUACUAUUUUCGCAUAAAAAAUGUGGCCUUCUUUUGGCGUGAAGAAAACGACAGCUUUGAUACGUUAUCGAUCCUUUAAAUAAAUGAAACUGUACUGGCCCAACCCUGUUGUAUCGGCAGUGUUGAUGAUUGUAAAAAACGCACCGCCAUGUGUGUUGUCUAUAUCUGUUGAUAGCAUCUAAGAUUCAUAAAACUGCGGGUUAAAGAAAAAAAUGGAAGAGGGUAAGGUCUGGGACUUGGGCAGGUUGAUGAAGGGCUUUAUAAAAGCGCAGUAGUGUGUAGAAAAAUAAAACAGCAAAUCAGUGAACCCGGACUGAUCUAAACUGAUGUGGUUGAAACGUGCUGCUAUGUUUGUGUUCUUGGGCACUGUUAAUGGACUUUUUGGAACAGUCCAAGUAAGUAUAAUUCAGUCAUUUGAGUAACGUUUAAUAUACAGCCCAGCACCACCUAUAGUUACGAAAAAUACGAUAUUACUUACACGGAAAUACUGGUGAUAAAUCAAAUAAACACGUUUUUAAUGUAGCUGACCUGGCUGGGAAAAUCUGACACAAGUAAAGACCCCUGCUGCAUGUCUGGAAAGGCGGAUGAACUGUUGAGCUGUUUUUCUUUGUCACAUUAGCCCAAAGACAGUUCUUGUCUGUUUAGUAAAUACCAGAAAGGUGUACGUCUAAUAAUCGAUUGCAUAACAUAGGAAAGACAGUUUACACGUAUUAAGGCAAUGAAGGUGCGCGUUGUCUGUCUCUAAGUUCCUUUGCAUGUAACUUAGAUUACUUGCACAGUUUUGAUGUAGAUUAUUUAAAUAAAUUUUAAUUCGAUUUUUCAAAACAUUAUUUUAGCGUAGCAUUAGCAUUUUUCGCAUUAACUUGCCAGGUUUUUUAAACAGUCGUUAGAAAAUGUUCACAUAAAUAUGCUUGCAUAUGUUGUUCAAUUAGGCCACGUUUGUUAAAUGAUAUGGUUGCAUGUCCUUAUAAAUUGUUUGCCAUCAUUUAAAUAAAGAGGGGGUACUGUG